UGCGUGCCUGCUGCCGCCGCCGCCGCCACCGCGCGGCGUACGCGCCCCCCUCCCGCCUCGCGCGCCUGGUUUUUCCCCCUCUCCGAGCCGGUGUCUUGAGGGAGCUGCUUGCGCGUUGUUCUCUGACUCUCUUUCCUCUUGUCUUGUUCUCCCCUCCUUCCCCGCGUCAGUCUGGCGUGUCCGUUGGGUCCUCUACUGCUCCUCCUCCCCCUCCCCACCCCGCUCCGCUCCGAGCAUUCCUCCUUCCCUACCCUCUCUCCUUGACUUCUUUGACUCCCCGCUGUGGUCGGGUUGGGCCGAGCAGCCGACUCGGAGGGCGCAGGCGGGCGAGUCAGUCUGCGAGGGUUGCCAAGGCAAGGGACUGGCUGGCGCCUGAGGAGGACACCCCCCUCCCCUCUCCUUCGUCGUCGUCUCCUCCUCCUCCUCCUUCCUUCCCUCACUCGACGUCGCCUCUUGAAAACGACCCAGCCGGCUUCGGAGAAGAGGAGAGUGCGAGGAGUGGGGCGGGGGGGGGAGAGCGCCCCCCCGGACCUUGGGCAGCAACAUGAGUGAGCAGAGUAUCUGCCAAGCCCGAGCUGCCGUAAUGGUCUAUGAUGAUGCCAAUAAGAAGUGGGUACCAGCUGGUGGGUCUACUGGGUUCAGCAGAGUUCAUAUAUAUCAUCAUACAGGCAACAAUACGUUUCGAGUAGUUGGUAGAAAAAUUCAGGAUCAUCAGGUGGUAAUAAAUUGUGCCAUUCCAAAAGGACUGAAAUAUAAUCAAGCAACACAGACUUUUCACCAGUGGCGGGAUGCUAGACAAGUGUAUGGACUCAACUUUGGCAGCAAAGAAGAUGCCAAUGUCUUUGCAAGUGCCAUGAUGCAUGCCUUAGAAGUGUUAAAUUCACAAGACUCUGGUCUGACGUUGCCUCGGCAAAAUGCACAAGUUGCUCCACAAGUGCAAAAUGGCCCAUCUCAAGAAGAUUUAGAAAUGCAAAGGAGACAGCUGCAAGAACAGCAGCGACAAAAGGAGUUGGAAAGGGAGAGGAUGGAGCGUGACCGAAUGGAACGUGAAAGACUGGAGAGGGAAAGGCUCGAACGAGAGAGGAUGGAGCGAGAGAGACUAGAAAAGGAAAGACUGGAACGAGAGCGAGUAGAACAAGAGCAACUGGAGAGGGAGCGGCAAGAGAGGGAGCGGCAGGAACAAGAUCGGCAAGAGCGCCUAGAGAGAGAAAGACAAGAACGAGAAAGACAAGAGCGAGAGAGAUUAGACUGGGAAAAGCAGGAAAGAGAAAGGCAAGAACAACUAGAACGAGAACAGCUGGAAUGGGAAAGGGAAAGAAAACUAUCAAAUGCUGCUUCAUCUUACGACAACUCCCUGUAUAGUACUUCACUUCCUGAAUACUCCAGUUGCCAGCCUCCUUCAGCACCACCUCCUUCAUAUGCUAAAGCAAUGUCAGACUCUACUCCAGAUUAUGCGGUGGUGACUUCUGCACAACCAGUUGCCUCUCCCCCUACACCACCUCUAAGGCACUCUGCAUCACGUUUUGCUACAUCGUUGGGCUCUGCCUUUCACCCUGUUCUUCCCCAUUAUGCCACAGUUCCUCGUCCAAUAAACAAAAAUUCUCAACCACCUUCACCUGUGAACCCCCCUACCUCUUUGCCCCCAAGUACAAAAUCCACUACCUGGUCUGCUUCUAGUUUUGCUCCUCUUCCCCCUUCUCCUCCUGUGAUGAUUAGCAGUCCCCCAGGCAAAGCCACUGGUCCAAAGCCUGUUCUUCCAAUUCCUGUUACUGCUCAGUUAUCGCAAAUGUCACCAUCCCCUACUGCACCCAACGGUCUUCUAGAACUGGCAAAUUACCCAGUUCCUUCACCACCUACCUCAGGUCCAACACCACCACCGCCAAAUUCCUUUCAGCCUCUUUCAGUCUCCGGACCUCAAGCUUCUUCUCCAAGCUCCCCUGUUGCCUCAGCUCCCUCAUCCAAGCCUAGUGUUCUCCCUUCUCCCUCUGCAGCUCCCCCUGCCUCUGUUGAGAGCUCUCUAAACUCUGUGCUGGGAGACUCUUCUGCUUCUGAGCCAGUCUUGCAGACGGCCUCUCAGCCGGUUGAACCUCCGUCCCAGCAGGGUGUUGUACAAGGAUCACCUGCACCCCCACCCCCACCCCCUCUUCCACCUGGUCCUGUCCAGUCUCCACCAGCAGUCCCACCUCCCACUGGGCCACCUCCACCACCCCCUCUUCCACCUUCAGGGCCGCCACCGCCACCACCACCACCACCUCCCCUUCCUAACCAGGUUCCUCCUCCUCCUCCUGCCCCUCCUCUUCCCACCACUGGUUUUUCCAAAGGAUUGAUGUACGAAGACUACCGUCCUAUGACAGGACUCGCAGCUGCCCUUGCUGGAGCCAAACUCAGAAAAGUAUCACGGAAUGAAGAAUCUCCUAAUCUGAGUGGAGGAACAAGUUCUGCUUCUCCGAAAACAGAUACUGGUCGUGGAAAUGGGCCACUUCCCCUUGGAGGAAGUGGAUUAAUGGAAGAAAUGAGUGCACUGUUGGCAAGAAGGAGAAGAAUUGCUGAAAAGGGGACUUCAGAACCAGAACAGAAAGAAGAAAAAAAUGAAGAACCAGAGCCUUCAGCAUCCAAGCCUCCUUCAACAAACACACCUGAACUGACAAGAAAGCCUUGGGAAAGAACAAAUACAGUGAAUGGAAGCAAGUCACCUGUUAUCUCAAGACCAAAAUCUGCAUCUUCUGGGCAGCCCAGUACUAAUGGAGUACAGUCAGAAGGGGUAGAUUAUGACAGAUUAAAACAAGAUAUUUUAGAUGAAAUGAGAAAGGAAUUAACAAAGCUAAAAGAAGAAUUAAUUGAUGCAAUCCGGCAAGAACUGGGCAAGUCAAAUACAGCAUAGAGAAAUUAGAACUAAGCUAUCAUGACCACCAGUUUUGGCACAAAACCAACUACAUUUUGUGAGCCGUUAGAAGAAAAUGGAAAAAUACACUAGGAAGAAGAAGAAAGAGCGACAUUCUGAAAACGUUCAGACAUCACUAUGGUGAUACUCUUUCCCUUUGCUGCUGUUUUCUGACUUUCAACAGGGUGGAAAAUAGUCUUAAAUUGCGAUAAUGAUUUAUGCAGAAAAUCAUAUACCAGUCGGACAAGAUCACAGUACACUGAAAUGUUUUCAUAUCAAGAUGAAGCUGCACAUGCACAGUUUAUUAAGACAAAAAAGAGAAGAAAAGCUUGGGGAGGCUUUUAAGAGAGGCUUUCUUAAAGAAGGAUUUAGCAAGUUAUGCUGUACAAAUGUAUCUCAGGUUAGUCUUCCUAUCAUGUUGAAUAUUUCUGUGAAUUAAAGAUCAAACAUGACUUCGCUUCACAAACUAGAACAGAUAGGAGAGUGUGUUGUGAAACACAGUAUUGGUGAAUGAGAGAUCUAGGAUGUGUGUUUUGUAAUCUUAUGAUAGGAAGCCUCUCUAGUUAGCCUUCGUACUGUUUUGUAGAGAAAAAUGCAAAUGCUGUCCAGAACAUAAAGAUGUAGAUGCCUUCCUAAAAUGUUAUGCUUUACCAAAUUCAAGGAUUCUCCAGAAUACAAAUCAGUGGUCAAAUGUAAAUUGUUAGAUUGUUAGACACUUACCAUAGAUUUUUGAGCUUUUAAGAUUUAUGCAUGUAGACUUUUUUGUAAUAUAACACAACCACAGAGUUGGCUUUUUAAUUUAAAACAUCCUUGCAUGCCACAAAUAAUAAGUAGCCUUUUUACAGUAAGGCCUAGAUAAUGCCCAGGCAACUUGGAAGGUUGGGACAGGGGGUGACUUUUUUAUUUAAAAAGUUUGUAUUAAUUGCUGCACUAUUUUUCCUUAUAUUGCAUGCAUGUGUAAUAAUAAGGAAAAUGUUGUGACUUAUCAGUAACCAUGUUAAAUAGAACCAAGUACUUAAUAUUUUUGUAUCAUUACAUUCGUAUUUCAAAUUUAAUAAUGCUUCAGUAAUAGCAUUAUCAAUUGGUUCUGUUCUUUUCUUAACUUGAUAUAAAUUAAGCAUCAUGAUUAUCCGUAGAUACGAUUUUUAAAAGAGGCAUAUAAAAGUAAUAGAAUACUUCUCAUAAUAGUUCCUUGCACCAUGAAUUGAGGCAAGUUCUUUAAACCUGUUUAAUUGAAGGUUGGGGAGAUGUUGAUGUUAAUCAGUGCAAAUAUUGUGCUCUCAAUCCUUUAAUCUAGAAGCAGACAAAUUGUGGUGUUCUCUAAGUUGUUGGACUGUAGCACUCAUCAGCAAUAGCCAGCAUAGCCAGUAAGUAUGACAAGAGCUCCCACAUCUGGAAGGCCACAUGUUUCCCACCAGGUUAAGUGAUUGAUAAAAGCCAUGAGAUCAUGGGCUGUUGUAUCCUCAUCCUCUCCCCAGGAAAAAUUCUUCUUGCCUUUUUCUCACCUCCUGAAUAGUGAUUACAUUACUGCUAGCUUCAGCCUUAGUAAGCUUCUAUUUUUAUGAGGAUUUGAAAGCAGUUAGUGCCAAUGCAGUCUUUAACAGUGGCUAAAGCUGGUAUGGUAUGUUAAAACAUAUCAGUCGAGGGCUCAAGAUGGAAGAUGAUGCACACUACAGCUUGCUCCUGCUUUGAACCUACAGUAUAUAAUUAGCGGUCAAAUACACACGGAAUCACAAUGCAGGGAAAGUCUUAAGAACAAUGGUGGCAAAGGUAUAUUUUUAAGGACUUCAUCUACUUGGCUUCAUCUCUGAUCCAGCAUUUGAAUAUUUACAUAAAUUCCUGUGCAGACUUUCAAAAAGUAAGCCUGAGUAGGAGAAAGGAAGAGAAUCUUCUUUCAAUUGAAUUUAUGAUUUGACAAAUAAUGUGCAACUGAAUCUUAACCUGUCCUUUACAACCUAAAUUCUCCAUUCUAUAUUAGUGCCAUACAUAUUUUGCAAUUUAAACUGAUUUUAAAAUAACAUGUUUGGCAUAAUUACUAUUUUUUAAUUACCUAGUUUCAUGCAGUUUAGUUAAUAAAGAGCUUUAAUUAGCACAUCCUCCCAAGUGUUGUACACCAAAGCAAACUAACAACUAUUAUUGCUGCCUAUAUGCUUGAAUGAGGAAAUUGUCACUUCCCCUGUUUUUGCAAGAUACGGCUUAUAAAGUGUAACCCCGAGUCAGUGCUUAAUUUUAAAAUGUUCUCUCUGCAUGCAUUAGCUGAAGGCAUUUAAAUCUCAAGGCAAAUAAUGUUGCUCCAAAAUUAAGUGGAAGCAUUUUCAUCUUUUAAAACUAAAUUCUUUAAAACAUGUGAUACUAAAUACUUAUUCUUGUCAGAAAUCAUGUUUGAUUUUGUUUGUAAAGAAAAUUCAGAGAUUGUCUAGCAGAAUGUUAUAAGUGGUCCAAAGGUAAGAAAAUUAAGUUACUGAUUGUGAACGAAACUGGUUAAUGCACUAAACAUUUUGUGCCUUGGUCUAAAGUUAACAUGAUUUCUGUGUAAAAGGAAAAAGAAUCAAAAGUUCUUUAAUUCUUUCUACAUGCAUAGUUGCAUAACCCUGAAUUGGACUGUUUGGAAAAUCUACUUUUAGUUAAACUGUAAAUUAAGGCUGUUGUACUGACAGCAACACCAUUGUCAGACGUUCUUGUAAUCAAAAUUAGCUACCGGUUAAUAGGUUAUUUUAAUUACUGUUCUUUUAAAAUGUUAUGAUGGUUCCUGUCUUUUGUACAGCGGAUGCCUUAAGCUGAAUAUGGUUUAGGGGAUCACUUUUAAUUCAAGGAAGGUACUGCUUUCCUCAACACUGUGAUCUGAUCUGUGAUAAAUCUGUCCUAUCCAUACACAAGUGGCUAACAAGUCAAUUGCAUAAAAACUGAAUGUACAAAUCUUAGUGCUGGUGCUGAAAUCUCUUCAGAGUUGUCAUGCAACAUUGUUCAAAAGGUUUUGCAAGCAUCAAGUGUCAAUCAAAACUGAAGAUGAAACACUAAUGAAUGUUGAAUUUUCAUGCAUUUAGUUUUACCUCCUUUUGAGUUUUUCAGUUAAUUCUUUGCUAUUUUUACCAUACUGUGUCAUUUUAAAAUUUCUUAAAUGCUAACUUUGUUUUGUUUGAGCAGAUGAAAUAAAAUUGCAAUAUAUACAUGCUGCUGCUAUUGUUUUUACAACUUGAUGUCAUAUUGGGGGAAAAAUAUUACUUUUAGUGUAAUAUCAAUAAAGCAAGCUGCAACCUUUUGUUUGCAAGACCUGAGCAGAAUUGUUCAUAAUAGGACCUUUUCAAAUUUAUUAAUAGCAUUGCCAUGUCAGAAAUGACUUACGGCACAAAACAAUAAUUUGUUUCUAUUGCUCUUCUAGAUUUAUAGCAUUCUGAAAGUUCUGCCUCCACAAAGAAUAUAACAGAAAGUGCUCAACUACAAUAUUGAUGCCUAAUCCAGUAAAUUGUUAGAAUUUUUUAAAGUUGCUUUUCAGCUUUGAAUCUCUUUACCCAUUUCCCCAGUGUUUUAGAAAGUACUGUAUAUACAGAUUAUACAAGCCAUCAAAAAUUAUAUCUUUUGCUGAAAUCCUAGUUUGUAUAAUUUACUUUGUUCCAAUCUGAUCAGUGAGUUUCUCUUAAUACGUUAUGUUCCCCCAUCCUCUCUUUCCAUUGCUGCCAUCUUGUGUUGAAUAAAAAACAAAGGUGGAAAUAGUGUUGUGCAGUAACACAAAGGGCAUAACUUUUGGAAGCAAAUUGCUCUCAGUUAAGAAAUCUCAGUAGACAUUAUCUGUUGCAUACUGACUUGCAUAACUUAGUAUGUGAUAACAACUAUAGAGAUUUCGGAACAUAACAAUUCACUCCCAAAACUUGCACCAUUUGUAGGACUGUGCAACAGGAUUCCAGCUAGACUGUUGUUUACACUGUUUGCUUUGUUACACUUCACUGUUGUCAAAAUAGAUCUGGAAACAGGCUUCUAAUGUAAUUGUUUCUCACAUAUUAGGUAAUACUUUUUACAUAAUUUGAGAGAAUAGAUUCUUAAUUUAAAAACCCAUAUAUACUUAAUUUAGAAAUUUAAUUUAGAAAUAUAACAUCAGUCAUUAAUUAGGUCAAACAGACUCUGAAUUACAGACUCAAUGAAUGCAGUGUAACUUGUAAUCACCUUUGUACAAGUAGAGGGCAUAAGAGAAUCUCAACAGAUUAAUAUCAAGCAGGUAAGUUACAGAUGUGUGCUGAAAAUAUGUGGGAAUAGUGAAAUAGUAGAUCUCUGACAGAUGUGUUAUAAACAGUUAAUUAAACUGAGUGGUAGAAUAUACCAGAUAGGCGGGAUAUUAAAUAAAUAAAUAAAUAAAUAAAUAAAUAAACCAUAAGACUUUAUGCUCUUCGGAAAACAGCAUUUGGUAACCUAUGUGUAAGGACCCUCUGCUGGCAGAAGUUGGACUUUUACCUGUUUGGGCAUUCAGUUUUAUUGCUUUAAUAAUAGUUAUUAAUAUUUUAAAAAUAUUUUUAAGCUUCCAAGGAAAGAAAUCAUUAUGGGUAACCACAAAGAGGCAUUCUCCUUGUACCAAACAGUAGCCUAACAUCUCGUUUGAGAUCAUUCUUACUUGAUUAAACAGAUUGUCCCUGUUAUGAUGCAGUUGGAAUCGUUGGCAAUUUCCAGCAAAAAUAUGCUGGUCCACACAACUCUGCAGUUGUGAUACUUUGGGCAAACCUUUUGCUUGGUCUGUGCUUGCUAGUUUUUUCCAUUGAAAGUGUUUCAAAAGUUUCCCUACAGUUUCUUUGUGCAGUAUGACAUUUACAAAGGUGAUAGCAUAGUUAUUUGAUGGCUGGUAUACAAAGUAAAUAUCGUUGGCUUUUGUCAUUCAAAACAGGAGCAAAUGCCUCUUGAUGCAAUCAACCACUUUUAUGUAUUCUUCACAACAGUAGUGGACUUGUUAAUUUUUACACAUCCCAGCUCUGCUUUGAAUUGGAGAUAUGAAGGUAGGACA